AUGCCCGGAGCUCCGAAUCAAACACAGCGUCGUAGCGCACGUAUUCGUUAUGCCAAUUGGGGUUGGAGCGGAUACGCUUGCGGUACAUCCCACCUGCAGAGAUCACAUCGGAGCAUAGCGUGGAACUGGAAUAUGGGUCAAUGGCCCAUGCGAGUUCGAAUUGUGCAGGAGGUCUUGGCGCUGAUGAGGGACCCGUCGGCACUCCAACCACCCGGGUUCAUCGACUUUCUUCCAGCGCGAAUCAUUGGUGCUUUUGACCACCUCCCACAAGGUGCCCACCCCCUCGUCAUCUCGACCAAACACCAGACGAUUAUAUGUCCCUCGAUCAGGCAUCUUACUCCCUUCCGCAAGUCCGAUUACUUGCUAGGCUCUACGCCCGUAGACGUGGACGACCUCGCAUUUUGGAAACGGAAAGAUGCACUAACCUCCCGUGUUGCACUCGAUAUACAGGACCUCGUCAUACACCUGAUCUCUCUGACUGGCCCUACCAAAUAUAAUGAUUCGGAGAUCUCACGACCAGCCUGCAACGGCAAGAUGGAGGAGGGGUUGGCAGCAACAGCUAGUGGCGUGAGGUAUUAUCUGUAG